AUGAGCCAUCAUAAAUUCUUCAAGGCUUCAUUGCAUGGUUCCCCACACAGAUUGUCACCGUUCUAUAAAAGUAGAAAUUAUAACCAGCUCUCAAAGGGAUUUUCGAUUAAGCAUUCUAUCAAACACUGCAAGUGCACCGAACAAAGGCCAAUGUUUCUGCUCAAUUCUUAUUCGAGUAUCUAUAAUUUUCAAGGGCUAGUCGACAUCAUUGCCCAAACAAAACGAAGGACAAAGCUGCACUAUUCAAUCACAAAAGCCUCAGAUGGUUGGGCUGUCAUCAGAAAUGCUCUGUCUGUCGCCCAGAUGUUCUCGGUCUAUCAGCAACUCAAAAGGAUCCAUGGCAUAUACGGUCAAGAGAAAGGAAAAUUUUCCUAA